CUAGGAAGGACUUUAACUAGUGUUCUGUGAAGCCUUUAUUUAGUUCUCACUGGAGGUCACAGCAGAAAAAUGCCUGAAGCUGAUGUGGUGUACUCUGAUGUCAAGUUCACAAGAGAGAGGGAAAUCGCCAAUGGGACAAUUUCCUCAUUGGCUGAAACCACUUACUCUGAAGUCAGGAUCUCAAAGACUCAGCCAUCCACAGAGCUCCCUGUAGCUUCCCAACAACAAGCGGCAUCAAAUGGAGGGUCAAAGGUCACAUCAGAGAGAGUGGCCUUGGUAGUUCUCAGUGCUCUCCUGGCAGCUGCUGUCAUCGCUCUUGGUGUUACCUCUCAUCAAAACAUUCAAACCAUGGGACGCGUCCAAAACGUGACAGAUGACCAUGAAGCUGUGAAAAAAAAUCUCACAGAGACACUCAGUGAACUAAAAUCAUGCUACAAGUCGCAGAAAAUAUGCCCACAAUGUCCUGCACAAAAUAUUAGUGAGCCAUGUCUGAAAUGUGAAGAAGGCUGGGAGCAACAUGAAGGAAAGUGCUAUUAUUUCUCCACCAGUACUUCAGCCUGGGAAAAGAGCAGAGAUGAAUGUCGACAACAAGGAGGAGACCUGGUUAAGAUAGACAGCAGAGAUGAGCAGGAAUUCCUGGACCUGAAACUGAGAGAAAAAAUGAACCAAGAUGAGGACAAGUUCUGGAUCGGACUGACCGACUCAAAGCAAGAGAACACGUGGUUGUGGGCAGACGGCUCACCGCUGAACACGAGUUUGUCUUUUUGGAGCGGCAAUGAGCCAGACAACUGGAAAGGGGACAAUGCUGAUGGAGAGGACUGUGCGAGGAUGGGAGAGAAAGCAGGAGCUGCUUACCUGAAGGGUUGGUUUGAUAAAUCCUGCAAAGUGUCUCAAAGAAGUAUCUGUGAGAAAGCAGCACAAACUGGACGUGUAAUGCUUCACUGUAGUUCACUUCAGGUCUAACUCAGCCUGUUAAACAAUCUCAGUACAGGAUACAGAAUGUGGAGCAAUGUUACUUUUAGACAGUUAAUGUUUAAAAAUAAAUAGACCCCCUGCAAACAUUAAAAUGCAGUUUCUUGAAUGUGCUCAACAAUUAAGGAAAAUAUCACAUGUAACAGAUGACCAGUGGUGGAGGAAGUAUUCAGAUAAUUUUUUAAGUAAAAGUGCUAAUAACACACUGUAAAAAUACUCUGUUAUAAAAGUAAAAGUCCUGCAUUGAAAAUGUUACUUAAGUAAAAGUAUGUAUGUAGAGCCCAAAGUGAAACCUUCAUAUUGCUUGUUUUGUCCAACCAACAGUCCAAACCUCAAAAUUAUUACAAAUACAUUACAAUUAUUUAAAUAAUUCAAAAGAAAAGCAACAAAUCUUCACAUUUGGGAAGCUGGAACAAUGAAACGUUAUCAUGGCUAAUUGUGGAGGCUAAAUAAAAAUCCUGUGAAAAACUA